AUGGCCUUCUCUGAACUUUUACAAUGUGCAGGAGACUUCGGGAAAUUCCAAAUUAUACAAAGCAUUCUGACAGGACUGUUAAAUAUCUUAAUGAUCACGCACAUGUUAGUGGAAAACUUUUCAGCUGCUACUCCUGCUCACCGUUGCUAUAUCCACCUCUUGGACAGUACUAAAUCUGGCACAAAUUUUACCAAGAAUCUGACAACUGAAGAACUCUUGAGAGUCUCCAUUCCAAUGAGUCCAGACCAGAAACCAGAGCAGUGCCGAAGGUUCAAGCAGAUACAGUGGCAACUCUUAGAUCUCAAUGAAUCAGUUGCCAAUAUCAAUGAACUGGACACGGAGCCCUGCCUGGAUGGUUGGAUCUAUGACCAAAGCGUUUUUACCUCUACCAUUGUGACUCAGUGGGACUUAGUAUGUGAUUCACAGUCACUCAAAGUUUUGUCACAGUUCUUAUUCAUGACUGGGUCUAUGCUUGGAACUCCAAUAAGUGGCUACUUUGCUGAUAGAUUUGGCCGGAAGCCUCUAUUGCUCUGCUUCUCCCUGGUCUGUGCACUAACAGGGGUCUGUUCAGCCUUCGCCCCGACCUUCUCCAUUUACUGCACUUUAAGGCUGAUUGUGGCACUUUCCCUGGGAACAAUUUUCAACAAUAGCCUUGUCCUUCUUGUAGAAUGGUGUCCAACUCAAUUCCAACCUAUGAUCACAACAGCCAUAACACUGAUUUUGAGCAUUGGCCAAGUGUUAUUAGCAGGACUGGCUUAUGUCUUCCGUGAUUGGCAAACAUUACAGCUAUCCAUCUCUUUGCCCUACUUUGUAUAUUUUCUGUUUAUAUGGUGGUUUUCAGAGUCUGCCCGCUGGCUGAUAAUGGAAGGCAAAUUAGAAAACUCUUUAAGAGAACUCAAGAGAGUUGCCAACUUUAAUGGAAGCAAAGAUGCUGCUAAUAAUCUGAACCUUGAAUUUUUGAGAUCAGCAAUGAAAACAGAACUUGCUUCCCGUACUGAUCAAAUCAAGAUCAAGGAACUCCUUGCCAGUCCCAUCAUGUGCAGGACAAUCUUAUGCCUCUUCUUUAUAAGAUUCUCGGCGCUUUUCUUCUUUUAUGGCCUUAUGCUGGACUUGAAGAAUUUGGGGGAUAAUUUAUUCCUGAAUCAGGCCCUACUUGGAGUUAUAGAUAUCCCAACCAAGUAUCCUGCUUUUUUUAUAAUGAAGUAUAUCAAUCGCCGGACUGCACUAGCUCCUGUCCUCUUCCUGGCUGGAAGCUCAGUUCUAAUCAACAUUUUUAUCCCUAAAGAUUGGCCAAACUGGCGUCUUGCUAUUGCUAUGAUAGGAAAGGGUUUCAUGGCAAUCUACUUCAACAUGGGUAUAAUCUACAACAAUGAACUUUUACCUACUGGCAUGAGGUCUACUCUUCAAGGACUGAUUACACUUGUUAGUAGGUUAGGAGCAACAGCGGGCACUUUCGUGCUGAUCACCAAAUACUACUUUGCACCCUUGCCCAUGAUUUUUUAUGGAGCAAUACCAAUAUUGGCCUCCAUAUCUGUCUACUUCCUACCAGAAACCCGAAACUGUCCGUUGCCUGAUAGCAUUGCAGAUGUAGAAAAACGGACAGUAAGAGGGACUGGGAAUCUAGCAGGACUGGUUGACACUAUUCUAGAUGGCCUUAGAGAAAAUACUGAUAAUGAUGCUUUAUGA